AUGCUAAAAUCGUCAGAUGUUAUAAAUGAACGGAAAAGGGUGGUCGAUCAGCUUGUGAUAAACUCAUCUCAUAACAUUAAUGGUGCCAAUAUUGAUUCAUCUACUGAAGACGAUGAUUAUGCAAAAGAUACUACUGUUUAUGAGACUGCUAAGCUUGCGAGUGACGAUAACGAAGUACAUUACUUUAGUGAUGACUUAGAUUUGGAUCUCAGACCGGUGCACGCUAAUGCUGAGACGUUAAUGAAUGCCACCAACUCCACUAGCACCAACAAGUCCACUUUUUUUGGGCGCUUGAAAGAGUUUUCUAUAAAUCACAUCGGAGGCGGUAUAGGUGGCCUUUUUGACACCGAGUGUGUCACAUCUCCAUCAGUUGAUGAUGGCGCCAAAAAGGGCAAUGAAUUGAUCACUCUCAAAGGCAAUGAUAGUUUAAGAUCAGAGAAUAGAGAGGAUUCGUUGAUAACAUCUGUCAUCCAAAUGACUAUGUCUCAAAAAGAGUCCAAGAAUGCUGCUGUCCAGUUCCUGCCUGAGACUGAGGCUAAAGAUUCACUCACCACCACUGAACCAUGUUAUUCACCGAAACAGAAACUAAGAUCUGAAAGCACUAAACUUGAAGUUACCCCAAAGAUAUUCGAAUAUAAAAUAAGGAAUAUUAAAUCCACAUCUAAUUUGUCAGAUCAAUCAGCAGUGCUCGAGGAAAAUCAAUCUUCCAUCCUUUCACCCAUAACCUCUGGGGUUAAUAUUUAUUCAGGAAUGACUACAGGUAAAAAUGGUUCCCAACCAAUGUCUCCUUAUAAAGAUCGCAGGUUUUUAAAUACUAAUAGAAGUAGCUCAACUUCCGGAAAAUCUGUUUUGCCCAGCAAUAAUGAAGAAACAGGUGGAUUAGUGAACUCAAAACUAAGCGGUAAAGAAAUAUCAAAUAAGAUCAAAUAUUCUGGACCAAUACAAACUAUUAGUCCAUUAUCAACUGCUGCUAAUAGUGAUGAAUGCAUUAAUAAACCAAUAGAGAUUUCACUGCCAAAUAAUUCAAAUAAAGAAAGAAGAGAGGUUUUUACUGGACUAAUUUCAGAAACUGAAGCCCAAAACAUUGAAAAGUUAGUGAUUGACUCCAACGAAGUCUUGGAUCAUGUUGAUAAUGAAGAUGCUGAGCUUUUUUCAUUUGUAUCUUCAAAUAUUAAUGUCGGAGUAAAAUAUCCAGACCAUAACGAUGAUCGCAGCUCUAGUAAUAAAAGCAUUUCUGAAGAUGCUUUUGUUUCACCAAAAAGUUUUUCUGAUGACAUUAUGAAAGAUGCUAGCCAAAAUGACAGUCUUAUCACCCAAAAUGAUGAUAAUGGUACUGUACUUUAUUCCCUAGAAAAUUCAGCUGAUAAAGGCAAUAAUGAAGAUCAAGAGACUCAUAACAAUAGUCUUGCCAAAAUGAACUUCAUUCGUGAAGCAAAGAAAAGAUUCAACUGGACAUGGUUCCUCUUGAUUGCUUUUGCUUUAUUAUUUAUUGCUUCUAUUUCUACCUUCAUACCAUUGAUAAUUAUUUACUAUAAAGGCACAGAAUCUUCUUUCUACAGGUAUUAUGACCGACAAUUAUCACACACCAAAUCAAAAAUCCUUGAAAAUCUCGGAAGCAAACUCAGUAUUGAAGAAAAUCCUGAAAGGAUACUCCAUUUUAUCAGUGAUAACAAAUCUCCUGUAAAAAGUGCAUCAGCUGGGGAAUACAAUCCAGUGAUUAACUCUUAUAACGGUCUAUCAAGUCCUUUUAAUACUGAUCAGGAAAUUAUUGCACUAAUGGAUAACUCGGAAUUAGAGAAUGUAUUUUACGGAAUUGAUUACACCCCAAAAAAUGUUAUUCAUCCUUAUUGUGGUGUUAGUGAGCGGGAAGUUAUGUUGGAUCUUGCAGUUCUAUCUCAAGUUACAUCCAGGAUUAGGACGUAUGGCAUGCAAUGCUCUCAACAAUCACUUAUCUUGAGCAGUAUCCAGAAGCUUGAUUUAAAUAUGAGCUUAUCAAUUGGAAUAUGGAUCGGUAGUGACGAUAUAUUGAAUGAUGAACAAAUAAGGCUUUUAAAAGAAGUUUUGCAGAAAUAUCCAAGAAAGUACUUUGAUUCUAUUUACGUAGGCAAUGAGGUUCUAUUUAGGGAGGAAAAGACCCCUCUACAACUCUCAAGAUAUAUUAGUGAUGUCAAAAUUUUUGUUGAUGACCAAAUGAAUUGGCAUGAUUUACCAGUGGGGGUGUCAGAAAUUGGUUCCAUGCUUUAUCCUGAUUUGAUUGAGGUUUCUGAUAUGGUUGGGGUAAAUAUUCAUCCAUUUUUUGUCGGUGAAUCGGUUGGCAAAUCAGUAACAUGGAUAUUUGACUUUCUACGACAAAAAGUCGAGCCGUUGAAUGCAAAAGCUAAAAGCAAAGCUGUAAUGGUAAUUUCUGAAGUUGGUUGGCCAUACGAUGGUGGUUAUUAUUUUGAUGCUGUGGGAGGAAGGGAAGAAAUGCAAACAUUUAUCAAUUCUUGGAUUUGUGAAGCUAGACAAACAGAAUACCCCUGGUUUUGGUUUGAGGCUUUUGAUGAACCAUGGAAGAGUGUGUACCAUACAGUAGAUCAGACUUGGGAAUCCCAGUGGGGGUUAUUUUUCCCCAACAGAACUCUCAAAACCGAUAUUUAUCUUCCAUCAUGCGAGUGA